AUUGCGCGAAGAAAAGCCAUUGGUUUGUUUACACUUGUUGCAAUGGCGACCAUCACCGAACUGAAAUGUGCCGUCCGAGAAACCCUGGAAUCCCGCGGGGUGCUGGGCCAGCUGAAGGCUCGUAUCCGCGCGGAGGUGUUCGGCGCCCUGGAUGACCAGCGCGAUCAGCGUCCGUCGUUGUCCCACGAAAACCUGCUCAUCAACGAGCUCAUCCGAGAGUACCUAGAGUUCAACAAGUACCGGUACGCGGCGUCAGUUCUGACAGCAGAGUCAGGCCAACCCCAAGUUCCCCUGGAUAGACAGUUUUUGGCCAGCGAGCUGAGAGUCGCAGAGGAUAUGAGCUCCAAGUCUGUGCCGCUCCUGUACGGGUUGGUGUCCCACUUCCUGAAUAGUGGCGAUGACGGGAGGAAGGUGUUCCUAAGGGGCCCCGCUGGUGGCAACACAGGACCUAAAGCUGACAGCUAAACGACGUUGCCACAUUGUGGAAAUGCACUGUGGACCAAAAACGUGCCAGUGGGUGGGGAAAAAAACAGACUCAAUCACAUUUCAUUUCAGGAGUUUUUAGUCAGAAAUCCUUAUCACAAAAUGUAUUUAUCUAUCUAAUAGUAUUUGUGUGUCUUUUCACAAUAGAUUUUUUAAAAAUUUGUUAUGUCAUUUAAAAUAAAUGUUUUAUAAAGUA